AUGGCUCGGGGCGGCGCCUUCGUGGCCGCCGCCAUCGCCAUCGCAGCGCCGAGCCUCGCGGGCACCCUCGCGGCUGCGGCGGCGGCAGCCAAGCUGCUCGCUUCGACAUGGCUCGGGCCGGCGCCAACGUGGCCGCCGCCAUCGCCAUCUUUCCGCCUUUCGCACCGACUCACGAUUCGCCCACCGACACGCUGCUCGCGCGUCGUCGUGCGUGGCGUCGAGCGGGCGCCCUCGCCGGGCGCCACGCUCCCCCCUAGCGAUGCCUCGCAAGCAGCGCCGCGCCUCGCGGGCACGCCGGGGCCCGAAGCGGCCGACAGCCCCCUCGCGCAAUCGUGGGACGUCGCCAUCGGCGCAGACGUCACGUACAAUCGCGACGCGUGGCCGGUGCUCUUUGAGACCAUCGAGGCGGCGAGGGACGCGAUGCGCAAGGCCGGGCUCGCGUUCGAGCUCGUCGACUCGCCGAUGCGCAACGGCUACGGCGCCGACAAGGUGAAGCUCUUCUGGGGUGGGCCCUGGGGCGAGCUGCUGGGCCGCCAAUUCCUUAAACGGUCUUAA